AUGAGCACAGAGGUGGGCUCAGCGAGGACAGGGGGCUAUCUGCAUUGGCCUACGGGCAGGUCGAUUAGCAAGGUGCUUCUCCGGGAUGGAACCGUGUUCUUCGUGGCUCUCUUCCUGCUUUACAUCACAGAGCUGUUGUCUUGGUGUGUCAAGAACGUGUUGUUUGUCUCCGACUUCACUCUUCCGCUGAUGUCUAUCCUCGUCUCGCGCUUUCUCAUCAAUCUUCGGCGCGCAGCGAACUCCUCCACAUUCACCGUCGACACCCAGAGCCCAACUUCCAUCUGCGACACCCUCGAAACGACCACCAACAUGUCCAGCGUGGACUUCACCCCACGCAGCGCUGACUCGGGAGCAGACCGGUCGCCUUCUGAUGUAGUUGGAGAGUUCGACGGGACAAAGGGCGACUUCCGGUCUAGUAUCAUGAACGCUGAGGAGCGUGAUAUGGAGCUGGGACUCGGAGGACUCGGAGACAAUAACCUAGAACCGGAUAUUAGUGUCGUCCCCGGGCAGAUCUAG